AUGCACUUCAACGUCGCGGCUACUGCCAUCCUCCUCAUUGGGCUCGCCCAAGCUGCACCAAACCUCGUUGCGAGGAAGACUUUACCACCUUGCCCACCUGGAGCCCCAACCCGAAUCGGCGCCACCGAUUUGUGCACCAAGUACGAUUCGCAAACUUACAACGCCUGCACUACGGGUGCGACAGUGGUCGAUGGAUACACCUACACCAAGUGCAGUGAGCCACAGUGGCAAAAGAAGCUCGGCACAUAG